UAAUGGCGAAUUAUCCGUGCGUGCUCUUGUUUUUCAUUAUUCUUAAGGUCUCUUUCACUGAUGCAUGUAUCAAUGCGAAUGAUUGCCCCCCAUACAAGCCGUUCUGUUCCAAUUCUGGAUGUGUGAAGGAAUGUCCCGUUCCAUUCUACAAAAACAAUAGUGAAUGUGUCCACAACUGUGGGGAUAUGUUUGUGGAAGAAGACAGAACGUGUGUGCAAACUUGUUCUAAUACAGAGUUCAUUGACGAAACGCUUAAAUUUCUACGUCAAGAAUUCAUAGAGCGUAAAUGUGUUAAAUCCUGUCCGUAUUUUAUAUUUGAUAACACAUGCACAAAUGUGUGUCCACCGUCAAGCAAAUUAAUAAUGGGCGAUGACUUGAACAUGGCUGAACCCGGGAAACGGUUGUGUGUAGAACGAUGUCCAGAUACACAUUUAUAUAAAACUAAUGUUACGCAUGGGACGACAUUAGCUACAUUUUGCUCCAAAAAAUGUAAUGUGGUCGUUGAAGACGGGUAUUGCGUUAAUAUUUGCCCUGGUAAUAAGGUUUAUUUCAACAAUUCUUGCGUUUUCAGCUGCCCAUUAUCCCGUCCCGUGUUAAACAAGCAAAGGGUGUGCACUGAAUUGUAUACUGAGAACAUUAAUGUGGAGACCAGCACGUGCAAUUGUCCACCUGGAACUUUUUUGGCAUCAAAUACAUGUUUGCAGACAUGUCCUGAAACGAUGCCGUAUUACUGUUCUUUUGGAACAUCAACAUACACUUGUUAUAAAACGGGUUCUUAUCCCAAAAGUGAAUAUAAUAACAAGUUUGUUUGCAAUACGCGUUGUCCAAACUAUAAAGUAGACGGGAAGUGCCUCGAUAAGUGUCCACUCGAUAAACCAUACACGUUCAACAACGUCUCUCUAAUUAAUUGUUGGUAUGAGUCGUGCUCGGGUGCGAUUUGGGAGAAUAAUUGUGUUAAUGUGUGUCCGGAUGGGUAUUUUACAAGAAAUGAUGGGUGCACCAAGACGUGCGAAAACGAUGAAUAUGUUUAUAACAAAAGCUGUUUACGCCAUUGUCCACAUGAUAUGAAAUCUCGUCCGGAUAAGAUACAAUAUUUUGAAUUACAAGAACAAAGCUACGGUUAUGUCAAGAAAUCGAUUCAAAAAUCCACAAAUAUAUGUACUGAACUUUGCGCGGACAACGAAUAUCAAGAGGACAAUAUCUGCGUUACUGCAUGUCCGGUAUUUGCAUUCCGAAAAAAAUGCAUAAGCGAGUGCCCGAAAAAUGCAUUAUAUACUACUGCUGUUGUGCUACGGACAUGCGAGCAGGAGUCAUGUUAUACUAAUUAUAAAUUACCGAUGCACACCAGUUGUUCAGAAAAAUGCUUAACAAACAUGUUUAGUUUAAACAAUUCGUGUGUGCAUUACUGUCCCAAACCUUACAUGACUGCCGGAAGAAUGUGCGUUCUAUCCUGCCCCAAAGAUUUACCGUAUGAAAACGCAACAUUGUUUUCAAUUAAAGAAUGGAGAGAAAUCGAUGACACAUGGUCAUAUAAAUCAAUAAUAUUGUUGAGUGCGUUUCAAAAUGCAAUGUUAGGGGCAGACCGUUAAAUGCUGGUACUUUUACAUGUGUAGAUACUUGUUCAGACUCAAGUCGAUAUGUAGAGAACAAUGUCUGUAAAACAAUGUGCUCUAAGAAUUUCGUUUCCAAUCAAGAGGCAUUUGGUAUUGAAUGUCGUUUGUCAUGCCCGGAUGGAAAGUUACUGUUUAAUCAAACGUGCUUGAAAAAGUGUCCAGAAGAAGCAAAAUAUAAUUUUGAUGGAGUCUGUCUGACUGAGUGUCCACCUGAAAGUCCUUAUAGCGUUAUUGAUAUGGCCAAUCGCUGUGUUGAAAGGUGCUAUUAUGAUACUUUGUAUUUAAACAGCCAAUGCGUGCCCAGAUACCAAUGCAACGACUCAAUGAUAGAAUUUGAAGGUCUUUGUUUAGAAUUAUGUCCAGAGGGUUACCGUUCGUUCUCAGGCGAGUGUCUGAAAGACAUUAAUGUGAUCGCAGCUUUGUUGGUAAUUCUGGCAAUACUGGUAACCGGGUGUGGCUACACACGCAAAAUAAUUGUGGACUAUGGACGCGUUUGCCGUUUUAUGUGUACGAGGGUAAGUUACGUUUCGCGUUUGUUGAAAAAAAUGACGAAUUUAUUAAAUAAUUAACAACACUGAAUUAUUCAAUGUUCAAAAAGUUAUCGUACAUGUAUUGGCGAUUAAACAAAUAUGUAAGCACAUUAUGUUAAUGAUAACAGUUGGAUAACGCUCAGGAAUAUGCAGUUUUUUAUUGUAAUUUUUUAUCCAAAAAAGCAUUCUUGCGUAUUGUAAAUCUGAACCUGUAUAUAUCAAGUAUCAAGUUAAUAUUUGUAUAAAAAAGAAGAACAUUAAUGUGACUAUUUCAUUUUAUAGGGAAUCUUCGAAUCGCAAUCGUUUUUAACAAUUCUUGAAGAGUCAGGUGCAGUUCAUUUGGAGAUAAACACAGAUACGCCACGUGCAUUUGAACAUGAAAAUGUUAUCGAUGAAGAAAUUACAUUGUUGUAACAUAUGUUGGUUUACAAGCAACUUCUUGUACCUUUUCCUGGUAAACACAAUAUUAGCAUAAUAUCAAUGUGAUGCGACAUGAUUUUAUGUAUAGAAAUUCGCGAUUCAUGAGAUAAAUUAAGGAGAGUAGUUAUCACGUUUUCUAGAUGUUAAAACUGUUAAUUAUUUAACCAUAACUUUAUAUUUAAAAUGCUUAUGUAUAAUACUCAUGUAUAAUAAUGCACCACUUUUGUUUUUGGCAGUACAAAUUAACUUUAAUUGAGAAUUCGAAAGUUUUAAUGAGUUAAGAUGUAGAGAUUCCGAUUUCAUCAAGUGUUAAUGAAAAUUUCAUACAAGUAUUCAAACAUUAACUCGAUAUAAAUCAAUUUCUAUUUAGUACCAAGCCUAGUGGGAACUAUCAAAUGUUUGACUGACUCGUACUAGGUUGAUAUGGUAAACAAGUACCUCGUUAAGUAUUUUUUUAUUGAUGACUUUGUUGAAUAGGUUUUAGCACAGUUUGCUAUUGUAUUACUCACAGACAUUGCUUUCUGCAUUGGUGCAUACAAAGGACAUAUUUUGUUUCUGUUUACUCGUAUAUGUGUGUUAUGUUACAUUCAUAAAUUAAAGAAUUGCCGUGUAACAUUUUAUCUUGUAGAGGUUUGCAGGGCAGAAUACUGUUCAUGUAAGGUAAAUUUGUUAGAGAAAUAUACAAGCUAAAGCGAAUGUUAACCACAGAAGCAAUUCUGUUUAAGUCUGAGCUUUUUAAAUACAUGUAUGUCCUUAACCGUUCUAUAAAAACUUAAAAACAAUACCGACUCAGUACUGAAUUAUAUGGGCUGGAUUGUUGAGAAUGAUAUGUUAUGUGUAAAUGAGUGUCGUCCUAUGGAAUUAUAAAUGAAUCAUUUAAGGUCUUGUUAGGGCCAUUCAUUGAGAGGAAACGUGUAAACGAGUGCCCAAAAAUUUAUAGACGUGCACAGAUAUUUUUCCUAUAGUGUUUAAGCUUGUGCAUGUUGGAGGCUACACUAGAGAUUCUUAUUGACACGUUUACGUAAUAGAUGGCAAUAACAUAUGAGAAGAAAAUUGCCGAGAUUCUUACUCUUUCAAGAAAACAUAACAUAAAAGGGUGAAUCACUCACAAUUUGCACAAAUAAGUGCUAUAUUUACAUUGAGAAUGAUUAUUGUGUCGACAACUGCACUUAUUGGAGACAGCAACCGCGCAUGCCCAGACAGUGAACCAUUCGUCAUCAUUAGUACGUGCGUAGACGCAUG